AUGUCAAAUGAUGAUAAUUUUCUUAUAGAAAGUGAUGAUGAUGACCAUGAAGAUGAUGACAAUGAUCUAAUUUAAUAAUAAUCUCCUUUAGUAAGAACUUCUUUUACUAAUCCAUUAUAAUUUAAAAUUAAUUAGCAUUUCAAAGGUGAAAUUAAUGAUGAUGAUGAACAAUAAGUUAUUUUAACUAGAUCAUAAAACUAUUGUGGAGAUGCUAGUGCACAUAGUUAAAAUAGUGAAGAUCUCAAAGGAAUUACUCAUACAAAUAAUUCAUCUGAUGAUGAAUAAGAACCCACCAGAGUCACAUAAACCUUCAAUAACCCCUUACAUAAAAUCAAAGAAGAAGUUGAUGAAAGCUAUGAAAUUAAUAUUAAUAAUUCAGAUGAAGAAAUAAUUGUAAAUGAGUUUGCAAAAGCUCAUGAUUUAGUCAUUAAAAAUUGUUCAAUCAAAAUGGUAUGCAAAUAUUAUUUUAUUAUUAGAUAUACAUCUUUAUUAAUAUAUAAUUCAUUCACACAAAAAGGUUAGCCUUUUAAAUACUUUAAACCAAAUUAAUUUAAGAAAAAUAACACAAAAUAUUACAAAAAAAAUAAAUUGCCUCUCAUUUAACCAAGUGGAUAUUCAUUCAUCGAGAAAAAAAAAUCAAAGCCAAUUAUUUGAAAAAAUGGAAAUUGUAAAAUGCCAAAAAGAAACUUUAUGAUGAAGCAAAAAAGAGAAAUAUUGAUAAGACUAAAGAUAUAAGACAGGCAUAAGGAAAUACAAGUAUCACUAAUGAUACAACACUUUCAAAUAAAGCCUAACUUUAAACUAUAUAAUAACCUGGAGCUAUUAACAGUACUAAAUUAACCACAUAAACAUAACCAACAUCAGUAAAUUAAUCAUAUUAAAUUUAGUCAUAAUAAUAACCCCCACCACCACCACCACCACCUCCUCCAUUACCUAAUAGUACUUAAAAUGUGACAGCAGCACCACCACCACCACCUCCACCUCCAUUACCUAAUUCAUAAGCUCCUCCUCCUCCUCCUCCUCCUCCUCCUCCUCCUCCUCCGCCACCACCAAUGCCAGGUUAAUAGAAUCCUCCUCCUCCACCUCCUCCUCCUUUACCAGGAUAAUAAGCUCCUCCUCCACCUCCUCCAUUACCAGGCUAAUAAGCUCCUCCUCCACCUCCUCCAUUACCAGGAGGUGCCAGACCACCCCCACCACCUCCUCCUCCUUUAGGAAAUGGUCCUCCUCCUCCACCUCCAAUUCCAGGUUCUAAAAUUCCAGGUCCACCACCUCCUCCAGGAGGACCUAGACCACCUGGUCCACCUCCUCCUCCAGGAUAAGCUAGUGUAGGACAAGUAAAAUAUUUAUAAUAUAAGGGGACCUGGAAUAACAGUCAGAACACCAAAAAAGGAUAUGGCUCCAAAAAGAGUUCAUGUGAAUGUGUUAUCUAAAUUCAAGUUGAAAACAACAUUUUGGUCAUAAUAGAUAGAUCCACAAGGAACAAAAGUAAAAAUAAUAAUGACAUAGAUUCCAUUAUUGGAUUUUGAUUUAUUAGAAUCAAAAUUUUGUGAGAAGAUAGAUCCAAAUGCUAAUAAGAAAGAAACAAAAGCUCUACCAAAACCAACAUUAAUUUAUAUAGAAGAAUAAAAAAAAGUAAAUAACACAGCAAUAGUAAUGAUGAAAUUUCCAGUGAAGCCAAAUGUAAUAAUAGAAUGGUUGAAUGUACUUUCAGAUAAAUUAGAUAUGGAAUUGAUUGAGAAGUUGAUUUCAAUAGCACCUUUAGAUGAGGAUGCAAAAUUAUUAAGAGAAUUUGAAGGAGAUUGGACAAAGGUGAAUGAUGCUGAAAAGUUUUUAGCAGAAUUCAUAAAGGUAUAUAGAUAUAGAUAGAGAUUGGAUAGUUUAUUAUUUAAAAGAACAUUUGAUUAAGAAUUUAAUGAUACAUUUAAAAAGAUUGGUUAUUUAUAAGAACCAAUACUUCUAGUGAAAACAGACCCUCGUUUAAAAAUCUUUUUACAGUUAACACUAAAUAUAGCUAAUUUUUUAAAUCAUGGUACUCCAAAGGCAAAUGCUUGUGGAAUUGGAUUAGAUAGUUUGAAUGUAGUUGAUUCUAUUAAGGCUGUUGAUAAAAAAACAAAUUUAUUAACAUAUUUGACAAAGAUAGUGAAAUAAUAAGAAAUAAAAUUGAAAGUAUUUUUUGAUGAUGUACUAUUAUUGGAGGAUGCAUAAAAAGUAGAAUUAGCUGAUAUAGAAAAUAAAAUGAAUGAAUAUUUAAAAGGGUAUAAUUAUUAAUAAUAUUAAGAUUAAAGAAAAUUAAUGAUGAAAUAGUUGCUCUAUAAAAAGCAAUAGAUACUAAUAUAUUGACAGAGGAAUAGAAAGUUGCAUCAUAAAAAUUUAUGGAGAUAUUUUAAGAAUUUUUAAAAGAAGGAGAUUGGAAAAUGUAAGCAUAUUAAAAGAAAUUUGAAUAAAUAAAAUUAGAAAUAAAGUAAGUAGGUUAAAUGUAUGGAGAGAAUGAUAAUUACAAUAUUAAAGAUUUUUUAGGAUAAUUAUUUACAUUUGCAAAUAAAUUUAGAGCUGCAUACAUGUAUUAUUAUUACUAUUCAAAAGUAAAAUGGAAGUAGAUGAGGCAUUAGAAAGUAAACCAAAAGUUUAAUAAUAAGAUACAAAAAAUAGAUCUAAAACUUUAGUUUAAUCUACUCCUGAAACUUAAGGGAAUAAAAACUAAUUAGAUUCUAAAGUAAAUUAUUUUAAAGCAACAACACCUAGUAGUGGAAUGAGGAUGAGUACAUCUGCAAAAAUGAAUGCAAAGAAUGGUAUGAAUAAUUAAUAUUUAAUAUUAGUAAUGAGUGCUGUAGCAAAGUAAAGGGAAAGUAAAAUGCAUGAGAACAUUUCAAUAGUCUAAAAAUAAUAAUAAUAAUAAAUUAUACCAUAGGCUCCAGCCAAUAUUAUUUAAAAUGCUAGAACUGGUGUUAUUUCUUUUAAGUAAUGAUAAAUAUAUAUUUUUAACGAUUAUAAUUUUUAAUAUUACAUGGAUAAUUAACAAAGCCAAUAAGCAUUUUUAUCAAGUGUUUCCCUUCUAUUCAGUAAAUAUAUGUUUAAUAAUAUUUAGAAAUUAUCAAAUUUCCAUUUAUUUGUUAAAAUUGUGGAAAUAUAGAAGUUAUGAGAUAACUCUAAAAAAUAUUUAAUGAAAUUGAUGAAAUUGAUAUUGAUGAAUUAUCAAGUAGGAUAGUAUUAGUUUCAAAAUAAAUUCAGAAAAAGAAAGAUGAAAGUUUUGUUUCUGUUUAAUAAUAAAUCUAGAAAUCGUUGAAUUAUCUAUAACCAUUAAAAAUGGAUGAUCAAUAAUUAUUUAAUUUUGAAAAUCAUGAAUAAUGUUUAUAAAGAGUUUGUGAUGUAAGCAUAUUUUCUUUAUUUGAGGAUAUAUUUAUUAAUAUCUAGGAACAAUUAGAAAUAUAAAAUUCAUUAAAUGAAUUGAUUGCCAUAAUGCAGGAACAAUAAUUAUAAAUUAAUUAAUUUCCUUAAUCUAAGAACUUAUAAUUAAUAUCUGAAUAUAAUAACAAUAAGAUAAUUAAAGAAAGAUUGGAAGGAGCAUUAAAAAUUAAUUAGAGUCAUAAGGAAAUCCUUAAAGAGAUUCUAAUUAAAAUUGGAUAAGAUAAUUCUAAUUAAAAAAUUAAUUAUUAAAUAUCAAUUAAACAAUCUUAAUUAGAUCUUAUAUAUCUUAUUCAAUAAAAUUCAUUAUUGAAUGAAAAAAUAAAUGAAUUAGAAUUGUAAUUAAAAGAAAAAAACACUUAACUAUUAAAAUUUAGUUAUUAUAUUUAACAGAUUGAAAAUAGUUAAUAGAAUUAAAACAUUUAAUAUGUAGUAUCUUAAAAGAUUUCAUAAUAAGAUUAGAAUACUUAAUCAUAAUAAGAUCAAAAUAAUAAUAAUGUAUAAGAUAGUUAGACUAAUUAAUCAUAAUCAGAAGAAUUCUAUUCUAUUAUAGAUUAAAGUCUAAAUAAUUUUUAUGAAAAUCAAUGUAGAUAAAGUUUGGUUAAACCUGAAUAAUCUAUUACAGUACUUAAGCCUAUAAAUCAAAAUAUUUUAGUUUAAUAAAGUUUUCAAAAAUAGAAAGCAAACUAGAAUUCUGAGAGAAAAGUUAAUUUUAGUUUUGAUUAUGGAAAUCCUUUGGAAACAAAUAAUAGUUUUACAUAAUAAGAAGAUGAAAAUUACUAAUUUAAUUUUUGA